AUUGUUUGACGUUACACUGACAGUUGUUUAGCGUUUUUGUACCGGAAUCAGAAUCGUGACUUUCAGAAUUUGUUCUUAAUUCUUUGCCUAAAUUCAUAUUUUAAUUUUCCAGUAUGGCCGCAUCAGUAAUAAACACAUACGCCGAUCCAGGCAUGACCGAGUGGAUGAGUGCGACCCACAGCACUGGGACUUCUAUCAUGGCUUGCGAGUUCAACGGAGGAGUCGUGAUCGGUGCCGACUCUCGCACCACGACGGGAGCGUAUAUCGCGAACAGGGUCACUGACAAACUGACCAGGAUUACUGACCAUAUCUACUGCUGCCGGUCUGGGUCAGCAGCAGACACCCAGGCCAUAGCUGAUAUUGUUACAUACCAUUUGAAUUUCCAUAAAAUGGAGCUGGGUGAAGAGCCCUUAGUGCAGACUGCAGCGUCCAUAUUCCGCGAACUCUGCUACAACUACCGUGAUUCCCUUGUGGCUGGUAUCCUGGUCGCAGGAUGGGACAAGAAGAAAGGAGGUCAAAUCUACUCCGUGCCCAUUGGUGGUAUGGUGCAACGGCAGGCUGUUUCUAUCGGAGGCUCCGGCUCCACUUAUGUGUAUGGUUAUGUAGAUGCCAACUUCAAGCCCAACAUGACCAAGGAAGAAGCAGUCAAGUUCGUCACGAACACACUAUCUCUGGCCAUCCUCCGUGAUGGGUCCUCGGGAGGUGUGGUUCGUCUCGGAGUGAUCACUGAGGCAGGCGUAGAGCGCUCUGUUAUCCUGGGUGAUAAGCUGCCUAAGUUCUAUGAAGGUUGAGUGUUUUUUGUAUGGGUAAUUUUAAGGUAAUAAAAUUUUUAAAC